AUUUUUAACCUUAAAUUGAUAUCAGAUGGCGCUAGAUCUAAAGUAGCCGAGUUCCUUCUUGGCAAACGUCCAGUCUAUUCCAACCUCCGUCAUAGUUGAUGAUGCCGACUGCGUGAACGAUGAACAUAGCAUCAACCAACUAUCGCAAAGUAGAUACAAAGACCAACUGUCAUGGACGACUCACUCAUGUCUUAACGCGAAAGAAAAAAAAAAAAAAAAAAGAGAAAGUUGAUGGCUUCGUUCUUUAGCCUGAGUCAGGCAUCUUGGCUCUAUCCUUUACGAGGCAUAAUAUUCUUUAUCUCCCAUCCUUUCCUAUGGCCUCUGUUCCGUGCACGACUACUCUCCAUCUCCCUCCUCUCUGCUUUCAUUUAUACCCUCCUAUUCACCCUCACCUAUCUCCCACAAGUUGCCUUUCUCGCCAUCUUCCAAGGUAGCGGCGCCUGGGUAAAUGGACUCUUCCUCGUCCUGGGAGAAGGCGCCGCAAUCGUCCAAAUACUCUUCGAAGCCUUCUUCGUCGAUGAGACGCUCGUUGAUGUCUUUGAUGCCGUUCUAAUAAGCCAGGGUGAAGAAGACCUGGUCGCUACCUCGCGGGCCAUACAUCCUCGAGCAGACCAGAGUCAAGGCGGGGAUGGCGACGGUGAUGGGAACGGCAGCGGGGAUGCUGCUCUAUCGCUAAAUCCAAUGCAAAGGCUGGGUAAGCCGAUUACUAGUGCCAUAUAUGCGCCCUUCUCGGUGCGGCAGAUUGUGGAGUUUAUCGUUCUGCUGCCGCUUAACUUUGUGCCCGUGGCUGGGACACCGAUGUUUCUGAUCCUAGCAGGCUAUCGUGCGGGGCCGUUGCAACAUUGGAGGUAUUUUGAAUUAAGAGGGUUUAAUAAGAAUGAAAGGAAGAAGUUCGUGGCAAAAAGGAGGAUUCGGUAUACAUGGUUCGGAACAGUUGCCUUAAUCCUGCAACUGAUCCCCAUGCUCUCCAUGUUUUUCCUUCUCACCACCGCCGCCGGUUCGGCUCUAUGGGCAGCCGAUUUUGAGAGACGUCGGCGGAUAGCCAUCGAGCGCGCAGAGGCAGGACGUCAUAGUGAAUAUCGCACUCUUCCAUAAUAUUCUCGACAAUCAAACACGCCCGUACUAUCUCUUCUCUCUCCCCAUCUUCAAUUUUUCUGGGUUUCGGCUUUCCUUUCGGGCGUUUCGGUUUCGGUUCCGGUAGACACGGAGUGGAAGGUUAAAGUUAAAGAUAGUUACAGUUGAACUUAAAGCAUCUAAUACGAUAUUUAUGCACGGAUAAUGUUUGGUGUAUGUUUUGUUCCGGUUGAUUUAUUGUUCAUGAAUCGCGCUAUACCGAUAUAUCAUUUCUUUCCCCCCCCUUUUUUUUUUUUCUUUCUUUUCUUUUCUUUUGGUUUGUUUCCGGCCUCGUUGGGUAGUUAUUAACUAUAUGAUACCAUAAUAAUGUCUGUAUGAUAAUGCGAUUUUCUUCAAACCGAGUUACACGAGAGAAAGCCGUUGUAUGGGGAACUUGAGGGCCCCUAAUAUCUCACGCUAGGUGGAGAGGCGCCGACUGAACAUGUAUAGAGGCUACUCGAGGGAGAAAAAAAAAGGGUAAUUGACUACCAGUUCUUCUCAUAUUGCCAAUGGAUAGAAUAGCAUCUUAUGUAUGUAUAACUUCUCCUUCCGAAAAGGUAAACUCGAAUCCACACCCAUGCCUAUCAGGACAGAGACAUAUUUCGAACCACCAAUGUCCACCAUGGCAUAUAUUAAUAUUAAGCUCCCUUCCUUUUUUUCAAAAAUAUUAUUCUAUUCACUCUCCCACUAGCGGAAAAAAAAGAAUACAACACCUCAAAACCGAGUAAGAGACCAUCACAAUAAACGCCCUCCUCCACCCUCACGGUCACGGUCACGGCCACCGUCCCUUAGCACCCCAUCCUCUCCUACUGUGACAGGGUGAACAUCCUCGUAGGUCUUUUCCUUGCGACGGCCAUUAUCAUCAUCGUCGUGACGGCCUUUGCCGUGACCUCGUCCACCCCCUCCGCGUCCGCCACCGGGUUCGCCAUGGUGGCCACCGCCGUUACCUCCGCCGCGUCCGCCGCCGCGUCCGCCGCCGCCUC